AUGUUUUCAUCCCCUCUAAUAAUCAACAAACGUCUGAUAUCUACUACCCUUAGGCUGGCUGAGCAAAAGGGUUCUAAAGCCAUUAUCUCGUCGUGUCCAGCCGGUACUCCACUAAAUUUACAAAUUAAAAAAACUGGCAAGGAGCCUGUAGCUCUGCAUGAAUCGGAAUAUCCAGAAUGGCUGUGGGGUGUAUUAGAUCCCCAAGUUGAAGCUGCUAAGCUAAAUGAGGACCCGUUUGCUGCUCGUAAGAAGCAACUGAGAAAGAUGAACAGAGAGAAGAUCAAGCAGAAUAACUUUCUGUCAAGAAUUUGA